GCCGGGUUGAGCCCUGCCUUCGGCUCCAGCUCCAGCCAGACCUGCCCACCAUGACCCUGGUACUGAUCCUCCAGCUGUUGGCCCUCUCGUGGCCUCUGUGUCACACGGGCGUCACGUCUAAUGGCACCCAGGAAGCCCAAGGACCCGCGUAUUCAAACGCCCCCGCCUGGUUCCCCCAGCACAGGCGGCGCGUGCACAGGCGGGGCCUGACUUCACUCCUGGACUCCCACACCCGGGCCCCCCCACCUCCGCAGAGCUGGCACCCCCCGCCCUUUGAUCCAGACACCAGGCACCCCCCGCCCUUUGAUCCGGACACCAGGCACCCCCGGCCCUUUGAUCCGGACACCAGGUACCCCCGGCCCUUUGAUCCGGACACCAGGCACCCCCCGCCCUUUGAUCCAGACACCAGGUACCCCCCGCCCUUUGUUCCAGACACCAGGCACCCCCCGCCCUUUGAUCCGGACACCAGGUACCCCCGGUCCUUUGAUCCAGACACCAGGUACCCCCCGCCCUUGAUUCCACCCUCUUACCCCUACAUCAGGCAACCCAGGCCCUUGAAUCCACCCUUGCCCUUCCCAUACCCCAAGCUCAGGCGGCCCACCGAGCCAGUCCCCUCAGUCUCUGACCCCGAACCUCUACCACCCCUGUUCGGAUGGCCCAUUUAUACAGACCCCCCAACCUCACUCCCCAAGCCCCUACCACCUAAGCCCAGGCGGCCCAUGUAUUCAGACCCCCCAACCUCACUCCCCAAGCCCCCCAAGCCGUCACUGGCGGCUCAGCCUGCCGCAGUUGUGACCCCCGGGAUCAACGUGACUUUGACGUGCCGGGCGCCCCAGCCCGCCUGGAAGUUCGUGCUCACGUCGGGAGCGGGCGCCCCGGUGCAGUACCAGUACCCCGAGCUGGCCCGGAACCCCGUGCAGGCCCGGUUCUUCCUGGAGGCGGUGACCGAGGCGCAGGGCGGCAGUUACCGCUGCGAGUACCACAACCGGGGGUGGUCCCACCCCAGCGAUGCCUUGGAACUGAUGGUGACAGACCUGCUGCCGCGCCCGACGCUGGAGGCGCUGCCCGGACCCCGGGCGCCCGGCGCCCCCGUGAGCCUGCGCUGCACCGGCCGCGCGCGCAACAUGAGCUUCGCGCUGUACCGCGAGGGCGAGGCGACGCCGAUGCAGUUCCGCGGGUCCGAGCAGCCGUGGGCCGACUUCCCGCUGCCCCGCGCGCAGGCCCCGGGCACCUACACCUGCUACUACCACACGCCCGCCGCGCCCUACGUGCUGUCCCCGCGCAGCGAGCCGCUGGUCGUCAGCCUGGAGGGCUCCGGCUCCGUGGACUACACCAAGGGCAACGUGGCCCGCCUGGCGCUGGCCGGCCUGGUGCUCCUCUCGCUGGCCGCGCUGCUGGGCUGGGAGUGGCGCAGCGGGCGGCGAGCGUCCGACCGGAGCCCGGGCGGCCUGGAGCUAGACCCUGCGGCGUGAGGAGCCUUCCCGGGGGGCAGAGGCGGCAGGACGCCGGGCCUGGCCCUCCCAGGGGCCUCGCAGCCCGGCCUGCCGGCUGGCUGAGCCCAGCUUCCCCCCAACAACAGUAACAACCACCUCUGUCCCGCACGGCCUCUUCCUCCGGGUCCUUUCUCCAGGGCCUCCCAGAUCUGGGGGAGCGCGAUCCUCGCCAGGCCUGGGUUCGAACCCCGGCGCCGCUGCUCACCCACCGGGUGACGGAGGGAAGUGGCCUUCUACGCCUCGCUUGCCUCGGCUGUAAAAUGGGCGUUUUGUGACUAGCCACCUCUUAGGACCUGUAGUAAAUGCUCAGCGUUAGCCACCAGGUAACAGAUUUCUAGCAAAGUCUCUGGUUCAGUUGGCUGAGGAACAAGAGGUCAGUUACGGUUGGAUUCCCGGUCCGGGCACAUGCUCGGAUUUCGGGGCUCAAUCCCCAGUAGGGAGAGUGCAGGAGGAAGCCGAACCAAUGAUUCUCUCUCUUCCCCACUCUUCCGCUCUAAAAAAUACCCAAUAGAACAUUUUAAAUAAAAAGUCUCAGGAUC